AAAAUGUGCUACUUCGAACAAACCCUCUGGUCCUGCGGCUACUGGAAGUGGGGAAACUUCCGCCAGCAGUGCAACAAGGAGUACCGCACGGGCGAGACGUGCGGACUCAAGCUCGUCUACGAAACCAACUUUAUUCCUUCUCCUUGCAAAAUUUGCGAGCAAAUCACCAAGAAGGAUCGAAGACUACGCAAGAUGGCAGAGGAUAUUGAACGCUGGACACGCGAGGGAAAUCGCAGAGCCACCAUAGAGAAGACGCAGGCGGAUAUGUUGGGGGUGCGGGGGCAGAUUCAAGAGCUGUGGAGGGGGCACGAGGAGAAGCAGAGGAGUAUCUGUUGAGGUGUGGCGGUGCAAGUAUGACAUUUUCUUUCUGGUUGUUUUGUCAAGGCUUCCUUGGUGUUCUCGCACCUUUUCCUAAUAUUUUUUUCUGGUUGGUUAGAAAAUGGAGGAUGGACGGGUGGUGAUAUGAACGCAGCUGCUGCUGGUGGUGGUGGUGGUGGAUGGGGAGAUGAGGCAUGCGGUAGCGGUGGUUAGGUAGGUGGCCGUUAGGAUGCCACAAUGAUGAAAUGACUUGCACGGGUAAUGGUUUGAUGAAACACAAGGAAGAAAAAUUGGGAUAUAUGAAUGUAUGAAACAAAAAAGAGAAAGGCGAUAAGAAAGAAAGAAGGGGGGCCAAAGAGAAAAGCACACAGAGAAUGAUUGGUCC